AUGAGUCAACCAAUAUUUCGAUCUAGAGCAAGAGCUAGCUGGAAUCAAUUGCGUGCAAGCUUUAAUAAAACGCCAUCCUCAUCCUACAUCAGAUUCGACUCUGGUGUGGAGGAAACUGUCAUCUACAAAGUGGAAAAAAUACAAUGGGAGCACAAAAAUAUUCCUUUGUUACAAAACACCAUACGAAAAUUGAUCGUGGAGAAUGAAGACUAUCAAGACGAAGAGUUCGAGUCCGCUUUACAAUUGAUCAGAAGUAGCGGCUCUGGGACUCAAAAAACUUGCAAAAAUGGUAUCGACGAUCUUUUUGAUAAUUCUCGUACGCUGAAAACCUCUCAGCAAAUUUCUAAAAAAGAUGACCAUAAUAUGGUGGAGUUUAUUAUGGCCUUCUAUCUUGCGUUGCAUGUAAACCGUCAAUCCGAGAAGACUGGGAAUACAACGAGACAAAGCCGAUAUAUAUGCCAUAGUCAGGAAGACAACUACUUCAUAUUCCAAUUUGUAUCCAAGAGCUAUCAGUCUCGGUUGUCCAAUGCGGAUCCUACCAGUAGAGCUCUAAUGACUAAGUUUGAAGAUAGUCUGCCGCUCAUAUACAACAGAAACAAUAUUACUAUCAGCAACAUUCGAACACUGCUUGGCAUAGAAGAUGCAUUGACACAGCUGAAUCAGUACAUGGAUUCCCAGUUUCAGUUUUUAAAGGAAUGCUGCGAUAUCCUACAAUCCAGUCUUCUAGACGAGUUUAUGGAAAAGCAGCAUUUGGUGUCUAAAUUGAACGAUACCGAAAAAUACCUCAGAAAUUGUGAAUUCGAGACUCGUCAGGCCAUGGAUAAAAUGUUAGAUCAUUUGAAGAUCGCAGCUGCAGCAUCUUUACCACCAAUUGUUAACUUUGUUUGCUCCAAAUGCCAUGCUUCAAUGGCAAGUCCAGAUCAGAUAUCAUACUGUCUUCAUACCUUUUGUGCAUCUUGCGCUGAGAAUAUGCGACAGACUAUGGCACUUGCAUGUCCAGUCUGUUAUCAACCGUUAACUGACAAUGGCCAGUUAGAUAAAGAAGCAAUGAAGAAAUUCAUCGACUUGUAUUCCUCAAGACACGAAAAGCCAUCUGUUAACAAUGCGAAGAUAAAUGAUUUCAAGACGAAGUGUAAGAGAUGGACACGGAAAAGUUUACAGCUUCUAUCAGUGCCACGGAUGAAAAACCAAGGUGCGCCAGACGCCACCGAUAGAGCUGUAACAGGGACGGUCUCUGGAACUUCAUACGAAGUGGGAAUAGCAACGACGUCUUCUAAGUUACUCGACAGUAUUUGUAUUAUAUAA